AUGGCGAUUACCACUAGGAGUGGUAAGAUCUUACCUUUUCUUUCUGGGGGAAAAUCUAUAAAUGAUAAGGUAGUUGUGGAUGGACCAGAAGAAAAUAAUCUAGUGGAGUUUGAGAAGCUGGAUAGUUCUAUUGAUGCUUUAGAGAAGGUAAAAGAGAAGGAAGGGGAAGUGGUGCAGAAAACUAUCCCAAGACCACUACCUCCCUUUCUUCUACGAUUGAAAAAGAAGGCUGAUGAUGUAAAAUUCAGCAAAUUUAUGGCAAUGCUCAAGCAAUUGACAGUAAAUGUGCCAUUGGUUGAGGUACUUGAGCAAAUGCCAGGAUAUGUGAAAUUGAUGAAGGACCUUAUAACUAAGAAAAGAGCGAAGAAGACAGACUCAGGUGCAUUCACUAUUUCCUGCACAAUUGGGACUAUGGAAUUUGCCAAAGCAUUAUGUGAUGUGAGAGCACUCAUUAAUUUGAUGUCAUUAAUUGUUUAUAGAAAGCUGGGGCUGGGAAAUCCCAUACCCACCAAUAUGUGGCUCGUGAUGGCGGAUAGGGGCAAAAAUAUAGUUGAGGAGGUAGUUGAUGAUGAACCAGAAGAAGGUAGUCUAGUGAAGUCUAAGAAGCUGGAUAAUUCUGAUGAUGCUACAAGAAAAGAGAAAGAGAAGGAGAAGGAGAAGAAGCCAGAUCCAGAAGCAUUUAUUAUUCCCUCUAUUAUUGGGUCUAUGGAAUUUGCUAAGGAAUUAUGUGAUCUGGGAGCAAGCAUUAAUUUGAUGUCGCUAGCUGUAUAUAGAAAGCUGGGCUUGGGAAAUCCCAUACCCCACCAAUAUGCAACUAGUGAUAGCGGACAAGUAGAAGCACUUAUUUCCAUACUUCAGAGGUACCAGAGAGCAAUUGGAUGGACUAUCAUAGAUAUUAUUGGCAUUCCUCCUGGCAUCUACAUGCAUAAAAUACAACUUGAGGAAGAUUGUAUUCCGACUAUUGAGCACCAACGCCGUCUUAACACACCAAUGCAAGAGGUUGUUAAGAAGGAAAUUAUUAAGUGGUUGGAUGCAGGGGUGGUUUACCUUAUUUCAGAUAGCAAUUGGGUGAGCCCAUUUCAAUGCGUGCCCAAGAAAAAGGGCAUGACAGUGGUUGCAAAUGAUAGGAAUGACCUGAUUUCACUUAGUCUUGUGAUUGGUUGGAGAGAGAAGAUGACAUUCACGUGCCCAUAUGACACCUUUGCAUUUAAGAGAAUAACAUUUGGGUUGUGCAAUGCACCCGCUAAUUUUCAAUGGUGCAUGAUAUCUAUCUUCUCGGAUAUGAUGGAGGACACCAUAGAGUUAAAGAUAGGAAACGGUAUGAAAAAGGUUGCAGAUCAUCUGUCUAGAAUGGAAGUUAAGCAGGCAAUUAGUGAUUAA